UUACUGGAGCGAAACAACCUAAAGAUCAGCGACAUUGACGUCUUUGAGGUGCAUGAAGCCUUUGCUGGCCAGGUACUCGCUAACCUCCGCGCCAUGGACUCGGACUUUUUCGCUCGUGAGUUCAUGGGUCGGACGAGCAAAUUCGGAAGCAUUCCACUGGAAAGAUUGAACCUCUGGGGCGGUAGCCUGAGCAUAGGGCAUCCGUUUGGGGCCACUGGCGUUCGUCUGGUCACCACGGCCGCCAAUCGUCUGCACGCAGAAAAGGGCCAACUGGCUGUUGUUGCUGCCUGUGCAGCUGGCGGUUUGGGACACGCGAUGCUUGUUGAGGCCUUCUAG